GAGAGCUAUUUGGGAUUGUGCCAUCAUCGAAAGCGUCUCCAGCUGUCUUUCCCGAAUAGACAGAUGGCUGAAAGACGACUGAAGCGUUAAAUAUUCGUGAUUGCUCGUCCCUUUAAUGCGCCACCGGUUCAAUCCCAAAUGCAUCCUUCUUCCCUACGCAUGCGCACUACGCAGCAUGUGCAGUUAACGGUUUCCACAGUGUCCUGAGGCUGUGCCGGAGCUGAGGAAUGUUGAUGAUGGUGUGAAUAUGGCACCAUGGCAGAGAACGUGCUCAGAGACUCAUCGCUGUCCUUAAAGACGGCCGUCCUGCAUGCGGCGGAUCUUCCUCUGUCUGUUUUUUCUUCUCUUCAGCAGGUGAGCCUGAGCUCUGGCACGAAGAAGCUCGUGGCUGUUGCUGCUUUCAGUGCCGUCUCCGUUCUCUUCCUUGCUCGUCGCUUCAGGAGGCGGAAAGGAAAGAACAAAGCGGUGCAGGAGCAGAAGUCGUCCGACUUCCUCUCCACACUUCCACCACUGAAAGAUGCUGCUUUCCCCCGUCCGAACCUCAGUUUGUCUCUGAACUUGAAGAGCGGCGUUUCCCGUCACGGCAUGUCCAACGGUGGCUUACACAGCAAACUCUCCAGCUCUCUCCAGAGUCUGACUUCGGUGAAGAGCCUGAACUCUUGCAGCGAGUGCACCAAUGGAUCGGCUUGCUGGGAUGGGACGGACGACGGCGACCUGCGUAACGUCGUCACGACUCCAGAGAACCUCUACCUGAUGGGUAUGGAGUUGUUUGAGGAGGCGCUGCGACGCUGGGAAGAGGCGGUGAAUUUCCGUAACCGUCUGGCAGACGACGAGGCCGAGUGCUCUUCCGUGAAAAUGGGAGCCGGGGACGCCAUCGCCGAGGAAACCGUCGAGGACAUUAUCAGUGGCGAGUUCAUCCGUAAGCUGGAGGCUCUGCUGCAGAGGGCGUAUCGGCUCCAGGAGGAGUUCGAAGGAGCGGCGGGAUUCGCAGAGCCGUCCUCGCACCACAGCGAGAAGCCCAACGAAAGCUCAGCGAGGGAGGAUUUGGACGAGCCGUGUUGGAGAGACACCCUGAGCAUCGGCUCCACUGACUCCUACGUGUCCGCUGCGGAGCUGACCGAGCAUAAGAAUACCCUGGGUCUCAGCUCUCUCUGUCGUUAUCCGUUCUAUGAGGAGGCUCUGCAGAUGGCCGAGGACGGGAAGAUAUCCUGUAGAGUUCUCCGAACUGAGAUGCUCGAAUGCCUCGGAGAUACAGACUUCCUCGCCAAGCUGCACUGCAUCCGCCAGGCGUGUCAGGUCCUUCUCCAAGAAAUUUCGACUCGGAAGUUUCUGGCUGACGCGGGAAAAAAAAUCUUGUCCUCGAUAAUUGUGAAAGCCAGGAAGAACCCAAAGAGAUUUGAGGAGGUUUAUGAGGAGAUGAUUGGCUUCUUGGAGCAGAGGGAGCAUUGGGAGAACACCGAGGCCGAACUCUCGACGAGAGGGGUGAGGCAUUUAAACUUCUACGACAUCGUCCUCGACUUCAUCCUAAUGGAUUCUUUUGAGGAUCUGGAGAAUCCGCCCAUAUCCAUUACAAAUGUCGUUAACAACCGCUGGCUUAACAACGCCUUCAAAGAAACCGCGGUGGCAUCGAGCUGCUGGUCUGUUCUAAAGCAGAAGCGACAACAUGUCCAGGAUCAGGACGGCUUUAUCGCUCACUUCUACGCGGUGUGUGAGCACAUCAGCCCCGAGUUAGCAUGGGGUUUCCUGGGGCCUCAAAGCUCCCUGCAUGUCUUCUGCUGCUUCUUCAAGGAGCAGGUGCUGCUCUUCCUGAAAGACAUCUUUGAUCUGGAGAAGGUGCGUUACUCCAGCGUGGACACUCUGGCUGAAGACGUGCUGCACCUGCUGCAGUACCGAGCAGAGUUGCUUUUGAGCUACUCGGGCUCUGACUGCACCACUCAUGCUAACGGCUGCAUCGGUACGAUGCCCUGCCCGAGACCAGGGUCCAGUGACAACGCUCCAGUGUUUUCAUAAUUUCAUCCGUUCUUGAAGAGGAAGAGAACAUUCUUGCAACCAGUGUGUUGGUUUUUGACUUUUCUAAAGUGUAGCAUGUAGUGGAAUGAAACCAUUAUAAUGUGCUGCUCUAUGUAGAGUGAUCAUACUUGAUAUUUACAUGAGUUAUUUAUUUAUGUUUGUUUUUAUUCUUGAAAUGAGUGCCAUUCAAUGGUCCCAAAAUGUGAUUGAAUGAGUGGCUAAAAUUGUCCAAAAAAAAAAAAAUCAAAAGGCCUUGCUUUUCAUGGAUAAACCAGAAAUUUGGACUUUUCUUUUUUAAACCAAGAUGGCAUCCUGUAUCGCAGUGGAGGAUGCACUAUUUUAAAUCUCAUAUUGGUCAUUUUGUUGUGACGAUAACUUUUUAGCACCUGUAUCGUGUUCUCAAGUUUGAAAUGAAUGUUGGAUGUUUUCGGGGGCGGUUUUUUUAAUUGAAAAUUUUAACAAAUAAGACAGAUUGUUCUUUAGUCCUGACUUUGCUGCAGGACUUUGUGUCAAAAGGGGUGGAGCUUAAGUUCAAUCAGCCACUUGCAAAUUUCAUCAGCGAAUGUAGGCUAGCUACUAUCUUGUUUCGUUUAUUCAUUUCAGCACACUUCUUACGAAAACAUGCAUUCAAAUUUAGCAACCUUAGCAUUACUUCAGCGAGCUAGUUAAUGUUAUCUGUCUCUAGCUAACGAAUAAUGCUUCUUGUGUCGUCGGAAGUCAGGACUUGAGUUAACCUAAGCUCCACCCUUGUUUAUACAUUAAUGCCAGGAUGUAAGCUAAACUGCCUGUUCAGUUGUGAAGCUAAAUGUUAACUAUUUAUUCUAAAAGAACUUGGAUGUAUUUUAACUAAUAAUUAUCAAAUUAUUUUUCGUAAAAAUGUCCAAAGGUUGUGCUGCUACAUUGUCAAAUUUAUGAGCUAAUAAAAGGCCAAUGGAACGUAUUUCAGCUGCGAGAAUGGCUGACUAUUAUGAACGAAAUUUUACAACUUGCACAUCUUUUAUAGAAAGAUUUGUUUGCAUGCCUCUGUAUUUAAAACUGAUGUGUUUAAAGAGGUUUGAUGCUGAAUUUCAGUAUUACUUGUGGGUGCCACACACCAUCAGGAAAACCAAGUAAACAGGGUUUUUCAUUUAUACAGCUAAACCUUCCCCAACAAUCAAAUGUCGGUCAAAUACAACCCUGAUUCCAAAAAAGUUGGGACACUGUGUAAAAUGUCAAUAAAAACAGAAUACAUCAA